AUGUACACCGUUAAUGACUUGUAUACAAAUACAUGCACAGACCUCGAGUUGGAGCAUCCAUUAACAAGCCAAGAAGUAGCAAUGGCAGUUAAUGGCAAGAGACCACAUGCAUUGGUUGUGCCAUUCCCAGCUCAAGGGCAUGUCAUGCCACUCAUGAAAUUGUCUCAGAAAAUUGCCAAUCAUGGGAUUAAAGUUACUUUCGUUAACACAGAAUACGUACACGCAAAAGUACUGGCUGGUUUCAGACUCCUAGUCCUCGUUUCAGGGAUAGAAUUAGCCUCGAUUCCUGAUGGACUGAUUCCUGAGGAUGAUAGAGAAAAUGAUUUUACCGUCACAGAAAGUCUUGUAAGAACGAUGCCAGGCUAUUUGACAGACUUGAUCGAGAAGAUCAACUGUGAAAAUGGGGAUGAAAAGAUUAGUUGUGUCAUAGCUGAUAUCGCUAUUGGGUGGAUUCUUGAUGUUGCCAAAAAGGUGGGAGCUGAACCAGUAGCUUUCCUUCCUGCGGCAGCAGCUGGCAUGGCCCUGAUACUUCACAUUCCAAAGCUUAUCGAAGCAGGAAAUCUCGAUAUAAAUGGAACAAUGAUGCGAAGUGAAUUGAUCAACCUCAGUGAUGAGAUACCUCCCUGGAAAAGAAAUGAACUGUCCUGGAGCUUCUCGAGCGACCUUCAGACUCAAAAGAUCUUUUUUGAAUGUUGUCUGACUGCCGAACAAACAGCACAUCAUGCGAAGUGGCUGCUCUGCAAUACUUUUCAUGAAAUUGAAUCGUCAGCUUGUAAAUUGAUUCCCAAAAUCUGCCCUGUUGGACCAUUACUUAGUAGUAAUAGCUUAAAAUCUUCAGCCAGUGGUGGUAGCUUUUGGGUGGAGGACACAACUUGUUUAAGCUGGUUGGAUAACCAACCAGUUGGCUCAGUGAUUUAUGUUUCUUUCGGCAGCAUAGCCAUUUUCUCUCAGGAUCAAUUACAUGAACUCGCGUUAGGCCUUGAACAUUCAGGCCGACCCUUUCUAUGGGUCAUUAGAUCAAAUCUUGCCAAUGGAUCACACGCUGAGUACCCAAAUGGCUUCCAGGAAAGAGUGGCCAACCGGGCGAAAAUCGUAGAAUGGACACCUCAAGAAAAAGUAUUGGCUCAUUCUUCUGUUGGGUGUUUUUUAAGCCAUUGUGGAUGGAACUCAACCGUAGAGGGCGUAAGCAUGGGGGUCCCUUUCUUGUGUUGGCCUUACUUUGCAGAUCAAUUCCAUAACCAGAAUUAUAUUUGUGAUAUCUGGAAGAUUGGUUUGAGACUCAACCCUGACGAGAAUGGAUUCAGAUCAAGUCAUGAAAUUAAGACCAAAAUAGGAAUGCUGUUUUCUGAUCACAGUAUUAGAGAAAAUUCUUUGAAAGUGAAGGAAAUGUCUAUCGAGAGUGUCAAUGAAUCGGGAUCUACUUUUCAGAAUUUCGAAACAUUUAUUAAUCAUCUGAAAAUAUGA